AUGCUGGCACAGUUCCAGUCUCGUACUGCAAUAUUCAAUGCAGACGAAUCGAUCAAAAUUCUUGAACAAUUUCAAUGGAAUUGUUUGGAAGCAAUCAACUAUGUACUUGAAAAUGUUAAUGCUGUUAAACAGAAAUCAUCAAGUUUAGUUUAUAAUAGUAUUCCAUUAUCUCUUACUAUUGAUCAAUCACUCAUUCCAAACGAAUGUCUAAAUGAAUUAGAUGGUGUUCGUCAUUUUGAACGAGUAUUUCAAGAUCGUCAUCCAGAUGUUCAUCGUUGGCCAAUAUGGUUUAAAUCAUCACUUGAAAAUGCUAUUAGUCAAUCUCAUAGUCCAUUCGCUGUUUUUCUCAAUCAUGAUAAAUCUGCUUAUACUAUAAUAUUUUCUCGUCAAAUUCUUUGUUCAUCAUCUAUUUUAAAUGUUUUUCAAAAGUAUAAAUGUAUUCUAUGGCCAUGGGAUGUGACUUAUCCAUUAAAUAAACAACGACUUAUUCAAAGAAGUGGACGUGCUCGACAGAUUCUUGUCGAAUGUCUUUCAUAUUUUACUGAUGUUGAUAAUUAUCCUUUAUUACUUUUGCUUAGUCGUCAAAACGAUAAAAUUGUACUACUUGAUAUUAUCAAUGGACAUUGGGAUUUAGAUCAAACACGAGCUUGUCUCGAACGAACACUUAAUCCAGUUCUUGAACAAUCUAUUAUACCUAUUAAUGAGACAUCAUCUCUUUCACCAGGUUGGGUUGGCGGUCGUACAGCAGGAAAUAUUCGUCGUCAUCCUUCUUUCAUCACAACAUUUCGUUUAAGUCGACCUCUUCGAGCAGUUCAACGACCUUAUUAUACUUCAUUUUAUCAAAAACACCAAGAUAUACCAGAAAAGAUUAUUACCAUGGAAGAAGUUAAACAAUGGUUAAAUAAAAAAAAUAUUAAUAUUACUAAUCACAAUUCUCUUUCAGUAAAACAUCAAGAUUAUCAAAUGAAAUCUUCAUCAUCAAAACGAAUCAUUUCACCUAGUCCAUCAUUAUCCAUUGUGACAAAAGAUCAAAAUCCGAUUGUGUAUAUGUCACCACGUCGAGCUGGAUGGGCACCAUUGAUCAAUCGUUAA